AUGGCUUUGAUACAUAAUUAAAAUGACUUAUAAAAUAUGUUUAGUAAGGCAGGAAAAAUAACUUCUGAAAAAUAUAUAGUAUUUUAACAUAGAGAUGAUCAUCCUGUUAAAAAAUUUAAGACACCACAAUCAAUCAAAUCUCCUGAUUUAACUAAAAAGAAAGUACAUUCUAAAUAAGAAUCACUUAAUGAAGCUGAAUAAAAUCAUCUAAAUCAUCUUCUAAAAUUAUCAUAACCCUUUUCAAAAUAGAUCUCCAGAUAAAUUGGACAUUAUACUUAAAUUAGAAACAAUUGUAAAGCAUCUUGUGGAUAAUAUCAUAUCAAAUAUAGUGAACUAGACAAGUAACAUCAAUAUCCUAUACUUUUGACAGAGCAAUACAUUCAGUUCCAAAUUAUGAUAAAACUUUGAAACAUACUCUUCCCAUCGAAGUCCCCCCUAAAUAUCAUUAAGAUUUCUCUAUAGAGUAUAUUCAUGUAUUAUUAUUAUAGUACUCCUAUUAUUGAUAAACCAAAAGUUAAAAAUGAAAGUUUUGUAGAUUUGUAAAGAUAAAUACCAAGGUUUAUUUAUCUUUUUAAAAUAGAACUGACAUAUUUUCAGGAAGACCCAAUCCUCAUCCAGAUAGAUUUCAAUAUUUAAAUGUAACUAACCAAUGGAGUAAGAUACCAAGAUAACCAUAAAUUAAAUUGGAAAAGUAAUUAUCCAGAGAUUAGAUGUUAAUUUAUAAAAAGAAAGAAUUUGCACCAGAUUAUAAACCUAAUUUUGAAUUUGGCAAAAAGUAGACUAAUUUAAUUAAUUUAGAAAGUUGGGUAGUUGUGGAGCACCUUUCUAUAAAUUAGAAUAAAGAAAAGAUAUUUUGACAAAGAUACCUCCAUACACUUUUGAAAGUUAUUUUGAAUAUGAUGAAUAUUCCAAAAAACCUAAAAGUCAACUAUUUAGUUCUCCAACAGCCCCUAAUUUUAAUACUAUGUUAGAAAGGGAAUGUGAUCAACAUUCAAUGUUACCUAGCUUCAUGUAGGUAAUUAUAUCUUUUAAUAAAGAAAUAUACAAAUACAAGAUUGGGUAUAACACAUUUAAAUUAAAAAAUGUUGGAAGUUAACAAUUUUAGAGAUGGUAGAUUUUUAACAGUUACAUCAAGUUUUAUGCCUACAAAAUAACAAUCAUCAAAAAAGAACCUAAACAAAUCUAGUCAAAAUUAAUCUAUUGAUGAAAUUUGA